AGAGAUACAAAGAAAAUGUAUGCUAUGAAAUACAUGAACAAACAAAAAUGCAUUGAGCGAGAUGAAGUUCGCAAUGUUUUCAGAGAAUUGCAGAUAAUGCAGAGACUUGAGCACCCUUUCCUUGUGAAUCUGUGGUACUCAUUCCAAGAUGAGGAAGACAUGUUUAUGGUGGUAGAUCUGCUACUAGGUGGAGAUUUACGGUAUCAUUUACAGCAAAAUGUACAUUUCAAGGAAGAAGCAGUGAAACUCUAUGUAUGUGAACUGGCGUUAGCUCUGGACUACCUGCAAAGCUACCACAUCAUCCACAGGGACAUCAAACCUGACAAUAUUCUUCUUGACGAGCAUGGGCAUGUUCACAUCACUGAUUUCAACAUAGCGACUGUGGUGAAGGAUUCUGAGAAAGCCACAUCUAUGGCUGGGACAAAGCCCUACAUGGCUCCUGAACUUUUUCAGUCCUUUCUGGAAGGAGGCCCUGGCUACUCAUAUCCGGUGGACUGGUGGUCCUUGGGAAUAACAUCUUACGAAUUAUUGCGGGGCUGGAGACCUUAUGAGAUUCACUCCAACACUCCAGUGGAAGAAAUAUUUCUCAUGAUCACCACGGAAAAAAUCCACUGCUCCUCCUCAUGGUCCAAAGGAUUGGUGGCAUUAGUGAAAAAGCUUCUUGUGAAAGAGCCUGAGUAUCGCCUGUCAAGUCUCAAGGACAUUCAGAAUUCUCCAUACUUAGCUGAUGUGAAUUGGGAUGCUGUUCUGGAGAAGAAUCUCACCCCUGGUUUUAUUCCUAAUAAAGGAAGGCUGAAUUGUGAUCCAACCUUUGAACUAGAAGAAAUGAUACUGGAGUCCAAACCUCUUCACAAGAAAAAGAAAAGACUGGCUAAGAAUAAAUCUAAAGAUCUCAGUAAAGAAUCUUCCCCACUGAAUGGACAUCUUCAACAGUGUCUGGAAACAGUCCACAAUGAUUUCACCAUAUUCAACAGGGAGAAAUUACGAAAAUCACAGGCAGAAGUUGGGCAACCAUCCAGCAAAGAAAAUGGAACUUGCAAUCAGACACAUGAAAAGACACAGGAUGGUCACAACAACAAUGUGCCUGGCUCUGUCUGCACAACUAUUCCUAGCUAG